CGACAUCCCUACCAGCGACAGACGUAGUCGUUCGAAAAUAAGAAGCGGAAUAACAACCCAACAUUAAACCCGAUAAUAUAUUUCAAAAAUCAACUACGCCGGGUGAAAUUCGAAUGCGAAUGUCUAACAAUGAUUGUUAAGAGUUGAAUAAAAAAUAAAAAUAAAAAAUAAUUACCCGCGAUCGGUUAGUAAUUGUUAAAAAAAAAAAGUGCGCUCCUUGCAGUUGGAAGCUUUUCGCCGUCGCGGUUUUUGUUUGGUUUCCUUUGCCUUAUUUGUAUUUAUUUUGAAUUUUUUUUUUUCGACUCCAGUCAAGUGCCAAUUUGAAGUCUAACGACUACCGCCCCGGACGAAAUAUGACACAUCAGAGCUUCGGGUGUCUGGUUAAGUGGUUCUAUCUGGUCCUCAUCCUCCACACGCUCCUCUGCAUCGGUCAGCUCGAGGGCCGCCAAUCCCAGCACAAUCGCAAUCACAACAACAACAAUAACAACAGCCGGCGACCUGGCGGAGAUUCAUCCAGUUCGGAGGAGCAACAUGGCAAUACCAGCGACGGGUUGGACAACAACUUCACGGAGAACGACAGCGGCGGAGUGCCCCAUCGCCAGAGGAAUCAGCGGAAGAAGCAGCAGGGCGCCGGCGGAGGAGGAGGUGGUGGCGGCGGUGGUGGUGGUGCUGGAGGAGAUCGGAACGGGGGCAACAACCGUCACAACCGCCCCGAGGAGAACGGCGUCUCGUUGUGGAUCAAUGAGCAGCAGCUCAAGAAUCUAACAGCGAUGUACUUUCCCCAAGGCUACUCCGAACGGCUGUAUGCGAUCGACAAUGGCCGGGUGACGAACGAUUUGAGGGACACGACGCUGUACAACUUCCUGGUGAUACCAUCGGAGGUGAACUAUGUGAACUUUACGUGGAAGUCGGGCAGACGGAAGUACUUCUACGACUUCGAUCGCCUCCAGACGAUGGACGAUAGCAUUUUGAAGGCACCGACCCUCUCAAUCAGGAAAAGUGGAAAGAUACCGCAGGAGCAGAAGAAUUUUAGCAUCUUCCUGCCCUGCACCGGCAACAGUUCCGGCACCGCGUCCUUCAACGUCGGCCUCAAGAUCCAGACGCGCCACAACAAGUCACUGUCGGGCACACCCAUCCGCCUCAACUUCAAAAAGGAAUGCGCCCACAGAGGUGUGUAUGAUAUAGACGCUUCCAACCCUACUUCACUAACAACUUUGCAAGCUCCCGAUCCAGAAUGCAGCUUGAAGUGCGGCAAGAACGGCUACUGCAACGACAAGCACAUCUGCAAGUGUAAUGUCGGCUAUACGGGUCAGUAUUGCGAGACAGCCUUCUGUUUUCCACAAUGCCUCAACGGCGGCAACUGCACAGCUCCCUCCGUUUGCACCUGUCCGGAUGGCUACCAGGGCACCCAGUGCGAAGGUGGUAUUUGCAAGGAAAAGUGCCUGAACGGUGGCAAGUGCAUACAAAAGGACAAGUGCCAGUGCUCCAAAGGUUACUAUGGCCUGCACUGCGAGUACUCCAAGUGCGUGAUUCCCUGCAUGAACUCCGGAAGGUGUAUUGGCAACAAUAUGUGCCGCUGUCCGAGUGGCUUUAAUGGCAAUCACUGCGAGAUCGGACGCCGGCAGCGUUCCAUUUGCAAGUGCCGGAAUGGAACCUGUGUCAGUCACAAGCGCUGCGAAUGUCAUGAGGGCUUCUACGGACGCCAUUGCAAUGCCCGCAAGAGACGCCAUGCCCGCCACUAAGAAUGAGACAGAUGGGGGCCAUGACAUUGCAUGUGCUAUUGUAAUAUUCAUUGGAACUUGAAACUUUUGUCUAUAAGAGAAAAACAAAACACUUUUCACAGCAAAAAAUGAAACAAACAAACGGAUGAAACAAAAAUAAUACUAAUUGUGAUACAAAUUUUUGUGUAAUUUAACAUUUUUAAAUAAAAAACAAAAUCUAAGAA